UACAGCGAGUCCAUGUUUUUAUACAAAUAGUUUUCUAUUUUUUUAUUAAAUUAAAAUACUUUUCAAAAAAUAAAAUAAUGUCGGUCAAUUCAUUUAGGAGUGAUGAUGAAGAAUCCUUUGCUGUAAGCGAUGUGGAUAUGAUAGAAGCGCAAGAUAGAAAAACUGGAACAAAACCGGGUGGUCAAAAGAGGGUAUGUGAGAAAAAAAAUAAUGGAAAAAAAUCGAAAAAAAAUGUUUCUUAUCGAGAUAAAAUUGGGAAAAUGAUGAAAGAUCACAAAAUUGCACUCGAAGUCAGAAAUUCAAUGAGCAUUCGGCAAGACGAUGGGAUUUUAAUUGUAAAGGCACCUGCUGACGAAAAAUCGACUGACUAUUGGACGUUGUCGCAUUAUAAAACAAAAAACAUUGAGCAUGUUGAUUCUAAGGACAGAUGGAAACAUGCUGAGUGUUCGAUGAAACUUUCAAUAACCGAUCAGGCAAAGGACCAAGCCAUAUCGAGUGAACUAAAUGAAUUGGUUCAAACACUUUUCGACCGAUUUAUGAAGGAUUCAAAGAAAAAAAUUACACGUAUUUGAUAUGUAAUAAACUAUGUUUAUAAUAGUGGUGGAAAUCAUUUAAUAAAUAAUAA